AUGCCACAUACCUCGAUUCCGACCCAUGGUGGGGUUCCGGUGCUCCGUCCAGAAAUUGGGCGACUUGGCAAGAAGCACGGUGCGUGUUGGUCUGCCAGAGAAGUAUGCGAAAAGGAAGAGGUUGAGGUGGAGGCAAAGGCACCGCAGGUUUCAGUUGGUCCAGACGUCAGAAGACUCGUCAUCCAAGCUCUUUGGUCUGCGGCAAAGACCCGAUUUUCAAGCCCGUCACUCUUGCGCCGCCAGCCGCUCCAUCCGGACUAG